GGAUCGCAAAUACCAAUACGGUGUGUCGAAGAUCGAUUUUAAAUCAGUACGAUGCCACCUGCUAUGACUUAACGGUCCAGGUCACGUGGUCAUUGCCGGAACAAGAUGAUUGAAGCAAACCAUUUAAGCGUGGGCGGGUAAAACGUGGGGAGAUGAGUGCUUCGAAUGCACAUUGAGAGGCAGAAGGAGGAGCGCGUGGAUUAAUGAGAGAACACGAGCAGGUUAACAGCAUCAAUAAACCUGUGAACAAAGGUGAGAAUCAGAAUCUGUAUUUAGACUGGAGAAAUCCGAUGAGCAAUGAAGCUCUUUUUUUAACACGUGUCCAGUAUGGGCGGGUGUUGGGCAAGGACGCGUCGUGGAGUUGCAGCCAAGGAAUGGAACGCGUCCGAGAAGACGUCGACAGAGGAGAUGGAGCGAUUGUGUCAGUGAUUGCAUCGCGGAAUCGUGAGUGGUGACACACACCUUGGGGGAGAUAUUAAUCCAGCAGGGGAUUGACCCUGGCUAUUGAUAAUUAUGAAUCCUUAAAUCCUGGAUUUUAGCGUCUGGAAUUAGCGAGAGUCUAAAACCCUGAGCCAGGAGCUGUCCUCCAGAAUCCAAAUACGUAGUCGGCAGAGGCUCGUUCGUGCAUUACAUUCCUGAAUUCAGGAUCCUGGAGCCAGGAUUUCCGCAUAAAAACCACGACUCACCCUUGGUCUCCACCACACGUGUCUCCCCUCUGCAACAGCAGCUGUAGCAUCAGCAGCAACAGCAGCAGUGGCAUCAGUAGCAGAAGCAGCAUCAGCAAAAGUAGCAUCAGCAGUUGCGAAAUAAUUUCAAAGCAAAGCAUCCCCCAGUCUUCAAGACCUCCACAGAUGAUAGACUUCCAUCGCCAUCGAUGUCAUAAGUUGACCUCAAUUAAAUUAGCUUAACUUUCCAUUUCAUUUUUUUGCGAAUACGUUAACGAAAACGCUUGUAAUUGGUGUUUUAAAGCGUUCAUUAUUUUUGGUUAAUAUUAAACGAAGCCUUUUUUAGGGUUAAUUUUUAAGACUGGAUUCGGGUGCAGGUGACAGAAGAGACAGCCAUGCGGUGCUUGGGGAGUCUCCUGCUGCUUACAGGAUGGUGGAUGGUGGUUGGGGCAAAUUCUGACCCUCCAAGCGAUGUGACGACGGUCAAGGGGGUUUUGAGCACGUUGAAUGCAGUCAACCCCUCCGCCAGCACAUCUCCUCCACUAGCAACGCCCGCAACGACACAACUACCAUCGAAGGCGACCGUCACACAGCCGACAAAACAAUUAACUACUCUCAAUAAAAGCAACAACGUCGCAUCAUCGCCAUCAUCAACAGCACCGUCGUUAUCAACCCCAUUAUCAUCAACACCACCAUCAUCAACGCCACCCUCAUCAGCCACAACAACAUCCGUCGCAGCAGCGGCAGCGGCGGCGUCACCAGCCGCAAUAGAAAAAACGUCUUCGCACGCAGUUGCCACACCGGCAACAAAUACAGCAUCCACCCCCGCAAACACCAACAGCAUCACCCCCACGAACACCAACAGCACCACCCCCACGAACACCAACACCACCACCCCCUUCGGCAACAACAACCGCACAAGCGCCAUCGCCGCCACCACCACCGCGACCACCAUCACCACCGCCGCAAACGAGACCAACAUCGCCACUUCCCCCAGUACGAACGCGACGGAGUUACCCAACAACGCGAGCAUCACGCUGCAGACUGCCAAUUCCUCCACGGUUACCCCCACGUCGCCCUCCUCGUCCACCUCCCCAUCCGCCACCCCCGGCGUGUCUCAGGACGCUGCGACCGUGGUCGGUACUGGCACGACUCCGCCAUCGGCGACAGAAGCCGCGAAUUCGAGUGUGACCACUGCUGGUGGUGCUGCUGCUGGUGAAAUCAAUAAUAAUAAUACGAAUAAUAGAUUCGACGCAUCCACUGCCAAGACUGCGACGCCACAGGAUGCGAGUGAAGGUGGAGUGUCGAUCGAUGAUCGCGGCAUCGACGGCGGCAAAACGCUUCCACCGCCGACUGCUCGCCCAAGCAAGACCGAGGCCGUGACCGAGCCCGACAGCUCCGACAGCGGCCACCAGGCGGCGGGUGCCGAGCGUCCGGGCGGCCCGCGUCACAACGUGCGCACCGUGUUGCUCGCCGUGGGCUGCUCGUGCCUCGUGCUGCUCGUGUCCGCAAUGCUGCUCUACAGCAAGCGGCGCACGCGCAACAAGAGCUGGUACGUCCACAACGACCACCAGGUGCUCGAGAACCCCUGCUACGAGAACGGUUGCCACGACAACGGCGGGAACAGCAACGGCGGUUGCCACGACAACCCGGCGAUGGAGGCGAUCGCGGGCGGCCCGGCAGCGGCUGCGUCUGCGGCGGCUGCGGCAGACGGCUGGCCCGACGAGGCGUGGAGGUGCGACACGAGCCCCCCGCUCCGCCCGCCAGGCCGGGCCGCGCCCGCCAGGAUGAUGGCGUCCCCCUCGGUGGGAGUUGACGCGUGGGUCGUGCCGCUGGACAACGUGAGCUCGGGAGACGACCCGCUCGCGGGCCUCAUGCAGGACACGCGCCUGUGACGCGCGCGCGUUUGCGCGCCUGUGACGCGCAAGCCCGCGUGCGCGUUCGCACGCGGGCGCCCCCUCGCGGCAGCAGCGUCCCUACAGGCAGCAGCAGCAACAGCACUCGCAGGCAGCGCCAGUAGGACGAGAAUAGCACGAGCAGAGCCAACAGCAGUACUAGCAGCAGCACAAGGGGCAGCACCAGCAGCGGCACCAGCACGUCCGCGAGCAGCGCCAUCAGCACCACCAGCAGCACGGACAGCACCAACAGCAGCAGCACCGCCAGUAGCAGCGGUAACAGCGCCACCAGGACUAGAACAUCCCUAGCACCGCCAGUAGCAGCAGCAGCAGCAGCAAUAACAGCGCCAGUAGGAGUAGCAGCAACAGCAGCAUCAGCAGGAUUAGCACAGCACCCGAUCAGUGCGGAUUCGGGCAGUGGUUCUUCACCUUUAUCGCAGCCCUUGCACUCCUUGGGUAUCAAUCGUAAAAAAAAUAUAUAACGUGAAUAAGUACGUAGGUUCGAUGAAACAAAGUGUUUGUGCUCACGUGCCCGUGCUUAAUUUGUGUUUCGAUGAUUUACCUUCUAAAAAAUAAAAUCUGACCGUGUCUCGCACCACCAGAAAGGGCAUCUCGCAACCCCAGGGGGUGCACCCCAUGGCUUAAGGGAUGCUUGCGGUGACGGAUGGAAGUUCGUGGAGUGGGGUCCCCGUUUAGUUCGCGGGACUUUGCGUCGUGUGGCCGCGGGAGUGGGGGGGGGGGGGUGAGACGAAGUCACGUGCCCCCUCCGCCCCCCCUCCCCCUCUUUAUCUACUGUUUGAAAUAUUAAAGUCUAGCUCGCUACUGUGGCAGGGGACUGUAUUUUGUUUAACAUUCUAAACAAGGCAAGCGUGUGUCUUUUUUUACUUCGGCUUGAGCUAUGAUAUAUAGUGCUAUGGCGGCUAGUUUAUAUGAUAUUUGUUAAAUGACAGUUGUAUUAUGUUAUGAGGAUGUCAGUAAGUAUUAUUAGCUGGUGUGUUUUACUUUAUUUGUUUUACACGCGUAUUAACGUACUCACCUAGUAAUUUAAGCGCCAAUUUUAAAAUGCACGUGUUGCUUGUGUUCACGACGUAUUGAUUAAGGAUAUUAUCGCGACCGUCGGUAGAAAAAUCGAUGUCAUGACAACGCAUACCUGCUGUAAUGUAAUGGGCAUUCGACCAUGAUGCGGCAAUCGGUUGCAUUGUUACACACUCAUAAUCGAGACGACAUCCAUCGGAAUGACGACAACCACCACCAACACCACCACGGAUGCCAUUCCGUCUUUCAUCUCGACCACGCUCCAUCAACCCCCGUUAGCCCUCAAGUGCCCUGCACAACAAGUCACGCUUCCCGCACAAGCCCGGUUUAGUUUUUUUUAAUUAAACUGUGGCCUUAAAAGGUAAAAAAAAAUACCCCAUGUAUAAUAGAUGACGUUUCUCGCAAUGGGCCUUCUUCAUAGCACAUUUGCUGUCACAUAUAUACAGGAUGCUUCAAACAAAAAUGUUAACACUUCGGAGAAUUUGCAACAACUUCACGAGAAAUGUGUCUCCUCCUGGCUCUGGAGACCACCUGGAGAAGAUUCCAGGCCACGCGUUGACAAGUGGGAGGCUCUUUGACUUUUUGAAGCUAUCAACAUACUUUUGUUAUCACGUAACAAGCAUAUUAUUAUUAUUAUUAUCCGUUCUUUUCCAAUUUAAACGAUAGCCCCAUAUAAAGUGUUAAAAACAUUUACGCCCUACCCUGUAUGUGUGUUACAUCGUAUGGGAGCAACCCUGGAGAACUCGGCGGGGGAAGGAAUUCAAUGCAGAACAGAGAGAGAGAAUAUUCUUUGGGUCUUUCGGUAAAGUCACGUAGAUAGAAAAAAUACUAACAAUUAAAUAAUAAAAAAUAAAGUUGAUAAAAAAUAUAUAUAAAUAUCACGACGCUUCUCACCUGAUAACGGACGCUUGUGUUGCGACCGAAACGUCGUGUUCUUUUAUUAUUAUUUUUCUACCUACUUGACUUUACAGAAAGAACCAGAGCGUAUGUCAACCUCUAUGUGUAUAACGCUGUCAAUAGCGAGGGUGGAGAUCAUUUUAAACUUGCAGAUUUGGACCGGUAUUGUGUUUUGUAGUCUUCAUCAGCAUGCCACUGUGUUGGUAACACAAUUACCAAAGUGUACAUAAUAUCCAUGAAACACUCCCCACACGUAAGUGUGCAACAAUAUUCGUAGUUUCUGUAUUGAGAUUAAAUUCGAUGUUCUGCGCGGGAUUCAUUUUCGUGUGAAUUGCAGUUUGCCUGCAAUUCUUACAAUCAGAGCUUAACAGGCAAGCUUAGAGUAGCGUAGAGAAUUACCGGUGUAAGGCACUGCCACAAGCUAAGCUUCUCCAUAAUAACAAUCCUAUACGUAUUGUAUUGUACUCUAAUUAUUCCAUAAUCAUAGGAACAGGUUAGAAAAUGAGAUGAACGCAAGAAGGCGGGGUUGGUGUUAGUUUGGUCACGAUUACUCCAGGGUGAGCGUGCUGGGCUGUUCCGGCUGAGAUUAAACAUUGACGACAAAUCGGAAGUUUGCACUUAAGAUAACGCAUGAGCACCGUGAGUAGCAUUUGUACAUCUCACUGCUAGUGAUGAGGGGAGGGGGGGCAUUGAUUAAUCAUCAGCAGCCAGCCAGUCCACUGCUGGAUGAAGGCCUUCCCAAGCCACCACUACAAUCAUCAGCCUUAGUUUUUCGCCCAGCACUGGUUUGACAAAAUACCUGUUGUGCACGCGAAUAUAUUCGAUGUAAUGGAGCGGCCUCUAGUGGACGCUACUCCCUCCCCCCGCCCCCCCCCCCCCCCCCCCCCCCCAGCUGAUAGUCAGAGCUUAAUUUUUAUGUAAUAAUUUCAAGGGUAAAUGAAUAUUUUCCAGAGCUCAGGCUGAAAUGAAGGCGCGCCCUUUCGGUAGUGAUGUUCUAAAAGAGAAAUACGUCUUCGGAUGAUGCUGAUAAUGAAACUACGUAUUACUUGUUUCGCACCGUACGUAGCCAACCGUGCUAAUCGGAGGUGCGGGGGUGAUGUUGUUCUGACGAUGUGCUGUCUCUCUGUGCUUGUUAUAGAUAUGAUUCGCUCUGUCUCUCUUGGCUUGAGAGCACAAAGCCGCGUGUGCCUUUCUACUGUAGCGACCGCAACGUGUGGGAACAUCUCCCAUGGAAAGUGAAACGAUAUAAAUAUGAUAAUAUUAUUAAUGAUAAUAAAUUCCACUUACGUGAUAUAUUAA